AUGAAAAAAGGUGCAGAUGUGGUAGCUGACAUUACAAAAACAACAUCAAAUCCAAAUGUUGAAGUUAUGGAACUUCAUCAAGAUUCGUUACAAUCCGUACGAAAGUUUGCGGAUGAGUACAUACAACGAAAAUUACCAUUAAACAUUUUGAUAUGUAACGCCGGUAUCAUGGCCUGUCCGUAUCAAAAAACUGAAGAUGGGUUUGAAUCACAACUUGCAGUGAAUCACCUUUCACAUUUUCUUCUGACAAUGCUUUUGUUACCAGUACUGAAGGCUAGUAAACCGUCGCGUGUAAUUGUCGUCAGUUCGAUAGCACACCGUUGGGGAAAUAUCAAUUUUGAUGAUGUUAACUUUGAAAAAAGUUACGAUAAAUGGAAAGCUUAUGGUCAGGCCAAAACAGCGAACAUUUUGUUUGCAAAACAGUUUAGCAAGUUGUAUGCAAAUGAAGGGGUACAAGCGUUUUCUUUGCAUCCAGGCGCGAUUAUGUCGGGACUACAAAAAGAUCUUGCGAAGGAAGAAAUGGAUGCAAUGGGAUGGUUUAAUGAGGAAAAGAAGGAAAAAUGGAAAAAUGUAGAAGAAGGUGCGUCCACAACAGUCUGGGCUGCUCUGGCACCAGAAUUAAACGGAAAAGCAGGUGAAUAUUUAGAAGAUUGUGCUAUAAGCAGCAAAGGUGAACUAAACGAGUCAGAUUGGGCAGGCAUGGCCCCACACGCCUGUGAUAUGAAAACCGCAGAAUGGUUGUGGGAUUUAAGCGGCAAAAUGACGGGUUUAUAA